AUGGCGGAGGCUGGCGCACAGACGGAUUCGACCCGCAACAUUGUAACCUUUGAAGAUGUGUGUAUAUACUUCUCCCCAGAAGAGUGGGAGCUACUUGAUGAGGCUCAGAAACGCCUGUACUGUAACGUGAUCCUGGAAAACUUUCUACUGGUGACCUCACUGGGACUUGCAAUUUCCAGAUAUCAUUUAAUUCCCCAACCACUGCCAGUGAGAGAGCCCGUGGUUCCUGCAAAUGUAGCGAUAGCUCCAGCAGGGGCAGCGAUGGUCUUGGGGAGCCACGGCCCUUGUCAUAGAGUAGAGAAUGAAGACACAUCUUCUGAGCAGGAAGUUUCUGUAAGAGAGUCACAGGGGAGAAUUAUCAGUGUGGGUCCUUCCGUCCACAAGAGCCACCCAUGUAACAUGUGUGACCCGAUCUUAAAAGACAUUUUGCAGCUGUCUGGGCAGCAGGGAACAUCCAUUGGGCCUCAACCACACCCAUGUGGGUCAUGUGGAAGAACCUUCUGGGUCACUGUCAACAUUGACCAAAUACCGAAGCAGGAGAGUGGAGAGGCAGUCCCUUGGGAAAAAAAGGACCAAGAUUCCUUUGUGAAGAGCUACAGAAGCUAUAAGUCAGAGAACGCCUUCACUUGCAAGGAGGAUGAGAAGGACUUCUUGGCCAGCUCUGGAUUUGUCCAGCACCAUGCCACUAAAGAUGAGGAGAAGCCAUGCAGCAGCACCCAGUGUGAGGAAGCCCUUCACACUGGACAGAAAAAUUACAAGUGCAGUGAAUGUGGGAAAGCUUUUAGCACCAAAGGCAAGUGUGUUCGGCACCAGAAAAUCCACUCUGGAAAAAAGCCUUAUGAGUACAACGAUUGUGGGAAAUCUUUCAUCUGCAACACCAACCUCCAAGUACACCAGAGAGUUCACGUGGGACCAAGGCCUAAUGAGUGUGCUGAAUGUGGGAAAUCUUUUAUCAGAAAAUCCCAUCUUAUUCAGCACCAGAGCAUACACAGUGGAUCAAAACCUUACGAGUGCAGUGAAUGUGGGAAAGCCUUUGGCCGCAAAGACACACUUACUCAGCACCAAAAAAUUCACAGUGGAGAAAGGCCUUUUAUGUGCAGCCGAUGUGGGAAAGCCUUUCUCCGCAAAGAUGCACUUGCUGAGCACCAGAAAAGCCACACUGGGGAGAGGUCUUACGAGUGUGAUAGAUGUGGGAAAUUCUUUAGCCACAGUUCCUACAUUAAAGUACAUAAGAGAAUUCACAGUGGAGCAAGGCCUUAUGUGUGCAGCGAAUGUGGGAAAGUCUACAUCAGUCAUCCCCAGCUUCUUCAACACAUGAAAGUUCACACCACAGCAAGGCCUGUGGAUGAAGUGAAUGUGGGCAGUUCUCUGGUGGCAAAUCCAGCUUCAUCAUGCACCAGAGACAUAAUACCAGAGCCAAGUCUUAUGUGUUCAGCGAACAUGGGAGGGCCUACAGAAGACCCUCCCACCGGGCUUGGCACAUAA